AUGAUAGUCUUGGCCUUCACUGGAGAUGGUUACCUUAAGACCUAUUCCAAAUAUGAGCAUGAUCGGAGAUUUUGGUUAGGAAGUGCUCUUUCUGGUGGAUUAAAAUGUGUCCGUGAAUCCUUUACCAAGAAUGUCAGAUGCAAAGUUUUGGGUAAAUCAGAGGCUCUACUCAUUGUCUAUGAAGACCAGGAAUUUUAG